UCGUGCCGGUGCUGGGGGUGGUGCAGCCCUGGUGCGAUCAUCGCCAUCGCCCCCUUAUACUUUCAUCUACGAUUCCGUUGCGGUUUUAUGUGAGUCUCUUUGCCCUCGGGGACUCUGCUUCAAUGCUGCUGUCGUCCACGUGGGGGCGCUGAAUCAAUCCAUGUCCGUCCGCGAUGUGUCCUGCUUUCCCUCGCACCCCCCUUUCAAGGUCGACACCGGUCUUCUCUGCUGCCUCCGACUGGGAGAGAUAAGUCACUUCUGCUCCUACACAACUGGAAUUCCCUCUCUUCUCCAAUCCUUCUUUCGAACUGCAGGGUGAGGUAACUGAACCCAACAACAGGCCAGGUGCGGGGAGGGUGGGAGAGGAAUUGGGAGGAGUGGAUAGAGAAGAAGUGAAAGGGACAGAGACGAGGGCAAAGGAUCUCUCUGUUGGUUUUUUGACGGUGGAGACGCUCAUCAUUGACGUUGUUGAAGGAGAUUGAGUGGACAGGAAGUGGAGCUGGUGCGCUCAGAAACUGUAAGGUAUUUUUUUUUCGAAGAUUUUAAACAAAUGUAUGGCGUUGCUGUAAGACACCAUGUGUUGGAAACAGGACACGCGUUAUCACUUGUUAGCGCGGGGACGCCUUUGAAUAGUCAUGUACCAUUGCAAUUAGCUAGGAGUAGAUGGAGAAAGCAGGGGAGGACGUUCCGAUUGAUCGCCGCUUUGGAUCCCGCCUUUCCGAAUCAGCCAGAUUUAUCCGACUUUCAGUGGCCCUCUACAUCGCGACCAGGAGGGCAAGGAGAAAUAGCGGGAGAAGUGAAAGCUGGGGCGAAAGAGAAGUGGUAUAGAAACAACGAAAGUGCGCUAAGUGGCGACUCGCCGCUAUCUCUUCCCAUGUCUUAUCCAGGGACCAAGCCUGCCACCCAGAAAGAGAUAGACGCCAUGAUGAAUUGCGACCCCGAAUUAGAGUAUUGUAAGGAUCCCGUGUACCAGUGGACGGCUAAGUGUUCCAGAUGCCAAGGCACAGGGGAAGUGAGCUUUUACAGGAAACGAGGCAAAGAAGUAAUAAGCAAGUGUAUUGCUUGUUUAGGCAUAGGUUACGUGCAGAAGAUGACAUUAAGGGCAGAUAAAGUGGAUGACUCUGAUUUGACCUAAUAUUAAUUAUUUAGCUCUGGAGGCAUCUCAUUUUUAAAAAUAUAAUUUGUUAUUCUUUCGAUGUUUUCCUGUGAAUGGUGUGCUCGUAAUGAACGGUGACACAAUUGAAUCAGUGGCGCCUUCUGAUGCAGCAUGAAUUUCUUUUGAGGAUUAUGGCAUCACAGUCUAUCUUGGAAGCCAGUAAGACUCUCUUCCAGUCAAUACCUGCGAACUUUGAUUUGUAUAUUUCGGAGUGAACGCAACAUGGACUGUGCCGGGGCCUCACUCAGUAGGAGCGGAAGAUUAUAUAAAGGCAGAUGUUCGACUUAAAGGUAUUGAGAUUAUUUUAGAGAUUUUCUUGGCAGCGGAUGUUGCAAGUUUUCUUAGUUGUCGUCCUCUUACCGGAGACGAGUAACAAAUGUCGCUCUUGGCAUAUUAGUCUGCUUUUGUUAUUCCUUGGAGCAUUAUUCCUUGGUUCGUUAUUAGCUAGAAGUUGAGAAUGCCUCUGCCUCUAACGAAUGGCUUUGACGGCGUUGCCAAUUUCGCUCAUACAUGUCCUAUUUAAAGAAAAGGCAGUUGAUGAAACACUUCCGCAAAGUUUUGAAAAUAUAACGAAACCACCAAGAUUCAUCUUCAAUA